AUACCACUUAUGAGAGAGAGAGAGAGAUGGAUGGAGAGAUACCAGUUUUAGAGAUAGAAGGAUGUGAUGGCUAUGAAAUGGGAUUAGUGAUUGGGAGAAAAUUCUCCCAUUUGAUUAAGAGCAGAGUGGCCAAGGACCAAGUCCUCCUCAACCAUCUUCUUCCUUUUUCUCAAUCUCCUCAAGGCCAUGCCCUUAUUCAAUCCCUCUCCACUAACAAUAGGGGCAUGUUUCCCAGGUAUUGGGAUGAGCUCUUGGGGAUGGCACAUGGAAGUGGGGUCUCUUUCCUCAGUAUACUGAUGCUGAACUUUAGAAAGGAAAUAAUCCCAUUCCUACCAAAAGAGGUGAAGGAGGAAGCUGAUGAUUGUUCUGAUGUCCUCCUUGUCGACACCUCCUUGGCGAUCGCUGCACAUAAUGAGGACGCCAAUUUCUCUCUCAUCGGCCACACCAUUUGCAGUUAUUUAGUUAAAGUGAAGAUGCUUAGUGGACUCUCUUUCACUGCUUAUACAUAUGCUGGAGAGCUCCCUUCUUGUGCUUUUGGCUUCAACAAUCAUGGUCUGGCGUUCACACUUAAUUCAGUGCCCCCGACAGAGGCAGAGAUCACACCAGGAGGCAUUGCCAGAAAUUUCAUAUCUCGUGACCUGCUUGAGGCAUCCGACCUCAAUGAAGCAUUACAUCGCAUCACCAUGAGGGAUGUUUCAGUUGGGCAUUGCUACAACCUGGUGGAUGUGAUGUCACGGAGGAUCUUGAACAUUGAAACUGCUUCGAGGAAGAGGGUAUCUGUUCGUGAAAUUGGAGGGACACCCUCUUUCCAUGCAAACAUGUACCUCCACCUUCAAGUGGAGCAGGUACAUGACGAUAAUUCCCUUCAUCGGCAAAAAAGAGCAGGCGAAAUUCCAAAGCAAUCAAAAGAAGAGAUAUUGUCGGUUCUUGGAGACUCAUCUGAUGAUAAGUAUCCAAUAUACAUGGAAGGGCCAUUGCUCCAUACCUUAUGCACUGUGCUGAUUGACCUGGAUAAGAAAACAAUGUCUAUAUAUCAAGGGAACCCAAAAGACAAGAAGGUUUCUUAUUGCUUCUCUCUGUCCUGAAAGAAAAGAAAAAGCAAUCUGAAGGCCAUGAUAGUGGGUGAUAUCCAUGAAAGUUAAAGGCCCAAAUCUUAGCAACAAAAUCACCAACAAUUAUCGCAAAAAACUCUCUUUAAGUUAUAUGAGUGAGGAACAGAGUUCAUCACCCACUUGUUAUUUCUUCAAUAGCUUCAUCAACACAAGGCAGAGCAGCUCCCUGCAAGUCCACUAAGGAUUCCAUCAAUGAUGAUCAAUCCUAACAAAUUUUAUCAACUAUCAGAACCAUACUGGUUUUCACAAACAGUUACAGAGUGUAAUUGCUAUGAGAAGCUUGACAAACUACUACAUUUUCUUUUUUUUAAAAUCGACAAACAUGAACAUGUUAUGUCUUAUUUAUCACAAGUUUCCGGAUAAAAGCAAAUUGAAACUGUAUGAAAUCGACUCUCUUUCUCAAUCUUAGAAUGGGGGCGUCUAUGAGUUA